AACUACAACCAAUGCAAAGAAGAAAACACUAUUGACAAACUAUGGCUUACUGUCGAAAACAAGAUGCCAAUUCUUAAAGAAAGAAAUGUGAACAAAGAAACAAAUUGUAUACAAUUAGUUUCUUGUAGAGGUAUCCAUAUUAACAAUGUUGGGAAUAAAAGAAAUUACAAGAAUAAAAAUCCAGAGAUACCAGAAGUCCUAACGAAAAAAGCCAGUAUAUCGAUCGGCAACAACAGUUCUUUCUUGGAAAAUAAUCAACGUGAAAAGCAUCAUAAGGAAGAUGAAGAAAUAAUUUCAUUAGAGGCCUAG